AUGUCAGCCGUCAUGCAUCCGGACUACACCCCUCAGGUUUAUUUCCGAGCCGUCGGAAAUUUGAAACGAAGUGCCGAAGACAUAUUGACGCCGUUGAAUGCUCAACUUUUGAAUUCCGUUAUGACUGUAGAUUCAGAGGCUAAAAAGGCCAAGUUAGAUCCAUCAAUUCUCUUGAACCAGUACUAUACGCAGAUGAACGCGACAGCUCAUUUGCUAACUGGACCACCUUUAGCUCAAAUAACUCAGAAUGUUCCGUGUGGUCAAACAACAAAUGGCUCAACAAUACAAUCCUCUAGUAAUACAACGAACACCGCUGUUUCACGGGUUGUCCAUAUUAGAAACAUCCCUCCUGAUAUGGCUGAUGUUCAACUUCUUCAAUUGUGUGCUCCAUAUGGAUCCAUUGGCAAUUAUAUGAUGCUCAAAGGCAAAAGCCAGGCGUUCGUAGAAUUUGAAGACGAAAGUGCAGCACAGGGAUUCGUGGCAGCCAUGACUGCUAUCCCAGUACAAGUGCGAGGAAGAACAAUAUUUUGCCAGUUUAGUACACAUCAAGAGCUCAAGAUGGAUAAAGAAAAGAAACGAGAACUGCUGGGAGAUGAAGUAAAUCAUGUAUUACAAAAUGGAUCAGGAGCUACAGCUAGUUCCUCUGUAUCUCAGUUGGAUAUUACGGGUGGAACUCAACAACAGCCAAGUAGCGUCUUACGGGUUAUCAUCGAGAACAUGGUCUAUCCAGUUACCUUAGAAGUUCUUCAUUCGCUCUUCUCCCGCUAUGGCAAAGUUCUGCGAAUCAUCACUUUCAACAAAAAUAAUACAUUCCAAGCCUUAAUCCAAAUGAACGAAGCAAGUUCUGCUCAGAUGGGAAAACAGAACUUAGAAAAUCAAAAUGUCUACAACGGAUGUUGCACAUUACGAAUUGAUUAUAGCAAGUUGAGCACAUUGAAUGUAAAAUACAAUAACGAUAAGAGUCGUGACUAUACCAAUCCUUCUCUGCCUUCAGGCGAAAUCUCCAUUGAACAAACAUUCGGACUGACUGGUGGAAUUCCAUCUCUGCAUUCUUUACUUCCCGCAGCUUCUCCUUAUUCUUUCGCUUUUGGAGCUGCAAAUCCAGCUGCAGCUUUUCUUCAACAACAGGUCGCAGCUGCUGGUGAUACCAGCCAAAAUGCUCUCUCACCAUAUCUUCCAAGCUUAGGAGCUUUAACUGGAAGUGCAUUGGGACCAGCGAACGCUAUUAAUGCUCUUCGUUUCCCUAUCAACGUCUUAGGCUUAACACCUGUCAUUUUGGUUUCGAACUUGGAUGAAAACAAGGUCUCACCUGAUGCUCUAUUCACUCUGUUCGGUGUCUAUGGAGACGUUUUACGUGUUAAAAUUCUUUAUAACAAAAAGGAUAAUGCUUUGAUUCAGUAUAGUGAGCCACAACAAGCUCAGUUAGCUUUGCAACAUCUGGAUAAGGUUCGCUGGCAUGACAAGAUAGUUCGAGUUGCUCCUUCGAAGCACACAAAUGUACAAAUGCCAAAAGAAGGACAGCCUGAUGCUGGUCUAACUAGGGACUACUCUCAUUCACCAUUACAUCGCUUCAAGAAGCCUGGAAGCAAGAACUAUAUGAACAUUUAUCCGCCAUCAGCUACUCUUCAUCUAUCCAACAUUCCACCCAAUGUGUCAGAGCAAGCUCUAACGGAAGCUUUUGAAAAUAAUGGAUUCUCAGUGAAAGCAUUCAAAUUCUUCCCGAAAGAUCAUAAGAUGGCAUUGAUGCAGUUAGAUGAUGUUGAAACAGCCAUUGAGGGCUUGAUCCAUAUGCACAACCACAAGCUGGCUGAAAAUGCACAUCUACGGGUUUCAUUUUCCAAGUCAGGCAUUUAA